AUGGGUCUGCCGCAUUCGCCCACUUCGCAAGGCGGGCAGUACCACACAGAGCGUCCAGCCAGCUCAGCCAGCUUCUACUACACGCUCCCGACACCGCCGACCGCUCACGACAGCCGCAACGCCGCCCAGUCGCGACCUCUUCCCUCGCGUCACCUGCUCUCAGCGCUUCCUCUAGCGACCGAACAAGGGCGUGCACCGCACCUAGACUAUGCAGGGGUCAUCUUCAGCACAUCGCCAGUCGCGCCCGCACCGGAGACACACAGCUACCACGGCCUCGAUCACUCCUCAUCGCUCACCCAACAGCCGUCGCUCCCAGCCUGGCCACUCACCCCGCCGGCUCAGUCAGACUACCAGCUCACCAGCAUGUCGAUGAGCAGCGACGGCGGCGCCGGACCAAGCGGCGACCAGGGCGCGACUCCCUCUGCGAGGAUGGAGACGGAUCCGCUCUUCCCCCCGCCUCCGGUGGGCGCGAGGCGGCGCUCGAGGACGGCUGGGGAGCCGAGACCGGUCAGGGGAAUCGUUGGACAGGCUGCAGAGGAGCAGGCGGCCGUCGACAGAGGGUCUGCGACGGCGGCGGCGGCCGGAGCGGGGAGAGCAAGCAGUUCCAGGCCGGCGGUUGCGGCGCUGGCGGCGGCGGUAGGGCCCAAGACGACGGAGAAGUCGUGCAGGAACUGCAGGACUCGGAAAGUCAAGUGCGACCGCAAAUGGCCCAGAUGCCAGCGGUGUAAGGACAGGAAGGAAGAGUGUGACUUUGGGUCGUUCGUUCCAGUCGAUGCCAUUCCGGUCGCUGCGCUUCAGGGAGCCGUGACUGCUCGUAGUCCAUCGGACGGUGGAGACCGCGAGAACGUCUUUGCGCUUCAGGCUCGUAUCGCCAACCUCGAAGCCGAACUCGAGGCUCUGCGCGCACCGCCAGCCGCUUCAGGCAGCAACCUCGCCCGCCAGCCCGAUCAACGGGUCCGCAAAGGCUCCGCCGCGUCCGGGAGCAACGAGCAGAUGGGAUCCGGCUCGAACUCGUCCGCCUCCGGUCCAAGUCGUCGUCAGUCAGGACCCGUUGUGCCGUACCCGCAUGUCGCAGGCCCACAAGACUUCGCCUCGAGCGUCCCGCAUCCUGGUUCGCCCGGCUCGCUCGUCAGCCUUACUGAAUCGCUCUCGGCGGCUUUCGAGCUCGGUGCGGGACUGAGGGAACCUGGGCCUGAAGGCGAGCAGCGAGUGAGGACAGUCGAAGUCUUCCUCCGCGGCGUGGCGAUGCACAACUCCGAGCUUUACAGCCUCGCGGCGACGGGACUGGGGCCAAUACCGGAUCGGAAUCGGGCUGGAUGGAUCGGAAGAGCGGAUCAGGGAUUGCCUACGAUCAGCGAGGAGCAGCCGGAAUGGAGGCUCGCGAGGGCGUGGAUGUCGCGGACGCUCAUCGUUCACCUCAUCCUCUCCUUCUACAACUCUUGUUGUGCAUAUUUGCCCGCCUUUUCGAGCUGGCACGACCGCCGAGACUGGCUGAUCAACAACGUCGACAACCUCGAUCCCGCCAGCCGAGUCGUCGCGACCACCUUUUGCGCGAUGGGUGCCCGCGCGAGUCCUCAUUCGGCCAUCCUCGGCAUCUCGCUCCCCAGCCCAAACCCGACCGACUGCUUCGAGGAAGCCUCGAUCGCGGGCCACCACCGCGAAGCUGCGUGCCGCGCACUGCACAACCACGCCUUUGACCUCAUGCACAGUCUCGGCAUCCUCUACGACUUCAGCCGCGAGAACCUCGAGGCGUUGUUGGUCCUCAUUCAGAUGCUCAUCUUCAACGAGCUCAUGCCGCAGCGGUCGAGGUCGCUCAUGCUGUUCGCGCUCGGGCAGUACAAGGAGUUGCAGGAUAGCGCGCUCCCGCCCGGCUUCAAGGAGGAGACGCGCAUGGAGAUCGGCCUUCCCCUCCUCGAAAACGACUCGGUCACCGCAGCCUACGCGCGCAAGAAGCCCCUCAUCUCGGCGUCAGACCUCGAGCACUACUUUCCCCCGUACCUCCACCCGGACACGGACAAGGACAACAUGCAGUCGAUCGUGCAGGACUGUCUGCGCGACACGCUCGCUGCGGACGGACGCCUGACGCACAAGGGCGUCUCGGACGCGGCGAAUAUCGUCCAGGCCUGGAUCUCGCAUUCGCAUCGCCUUUUCGCGCAGGUCGCCGCGCCCCAGCCCGGAGGUCCGCCGAGUACGCUUGUCGACGAUAUUCGAAAGUUGUGGACGAUGCUGGACCAGAUCCAUGAGGGGAUCCGGAAGGUCCAGGAGAUGCUGGUGCAGCUGUCGUACGUCCCGCAAGGGUGCCAAGGGGACGGAUGUACGGACGAGCACCUCCGUUUCAUCACCCGUCUCGACAAGGACCUCCUGGACACCCUCUUCCUCAUACAUUCGCUCGUGACCGAGAACCUCGGCCUCGACUCGCUCAUCGGCGAUACGGCUCAGGCGACCUACAUCGAGAGCGACAAGCGCGUUCGGAAGGCGCUCAAGCUCAUUGCGUUCUACCUCGAGCUCUACCUCACGAGUCGCGACCCACACCUGACCUACCACGUCAUCUUCUCGCUCGAGAUCCUCCCAAACUGGACCGCAAUCGCCGUCCAACGAUUCGGCGAGACCGACGGCCCUUUCUCGCCCGACCUCGAGUUGACGGACGAGGAACUCGAUUGGAUCGACAAGGGCUUGAUUGUGGGAAGCUAUUAUCACCCGAUCGCGAAUGGGCGGUUGCAGGAGCUGAGGCAGUCUCGUCGUCCGAGCUACCGCGCCCAGCCGUACGCCUCGACCGCCGCCAUCCAACCGCCCUUCACCGCCGCCCUGCCCACCGCCACUCCCACCCCUCGGCCUCCUCCGCCUGUCGCUGCGCUCCCCACCCACGCACCCCAACCGAGUCUCACGAACCUGCGCCCGCCCCACUGGCCAGACUAUGCCAACGCACCCGCGACGACGAGUCUGUACCGCCCUACUACGACGCACUACUUCACGGUCGACAAUGUGGUGGAUUAUCUCGGGUACGAGACGCCUAGCGCGGGAGCGGGAGGAGGACGAACGGGAGCGGGAGCGGGAGGGGAGAGGGAGGUCCCGCCCCCGCCUUCGACCUCGUCUGCUUCGGCGUCGGGGUCGGUCUCGUACUCUGCCGGGGGUGGGGCGAGCGCAGGAGGGUACGAGCACUAUGCGACCUCCGCAGGAGUGGAAGGAGGAGAAGGCGCUUUCGAUCCAACGGCCGUACUCGUCCCUCGCGCCUCUCACCCUCACCCUCACCAGCCGCACCCGCAGCAGGCUCAUGGGUUCGAGUCCCAGUUCCAGGGUGGAGUGACGGAUCCGCAGGCUAGCAAGAAGUGGGGCGAAUGA